AUGACGCCUGCGUCCCUCUCCCCGGAGCAGACGCAUGCGCUCUUCGACAUCCUCACCCACCAUGAAACCUACGCGGAGAUCGAGGGCUUCAAGUUCCCGGACGCCGUGACGGGCUAUGGCCGCCCCUUUGCCAGGGAAACCGUCGUGCCACAGACCGGGUGGCCGAGUCGGUCGACGACACCCGCGAAUUCAUCUCCGGGCACUCCUCGAGUGAGGACCCCGGUGCCCUUCUUCAGAUCUAGCGCAGAGAAGAAGGGCCCUGAGGCUGAGGAGGGCGCGCCGGUGGAAGCGCCGGUGGAGGCGCCGGUGGAAGAACCGGAGGAAGAUGUCGGACCGUCGACGUCCCCGCUGCUGCAAACCCUCAUGACGAGGUUUAUGCUUCUUCUUCCUGGAGUGAGAGACUUGCCUCGCGAAUUCUGGUCUGUACGGGUGCAGGGCCUGUUGGCAAGGCUGGGCGAGGCGGAACUAUCGGAAAGCUACGACAAGGGCGCCCUUGGCACCCGCAAGGUGUUGGCAACGGCAAUGAGUGGGCUGGUCGAGAUGGUCGGUCGGGGAGCCCUUGGAGGCGUGAAGAAGAGGUCUCUGGAAGAAACCACGGACAGCGAACUCAAGAUCGAGGAUGACUAUGACCACACCAGAGCUGAGGAUCUGGUGAGGGCAUGGGACGACGUUGUCGAAGAAUUAAUCUACGGAAAUCUGGUCGACGACAUUUACGAUUAUCUCAGCAAGACGGACGAUUUGGAAGGCCAUUCACCCGCCGUCAAAGCUGCAGCCGAGUAUGCCAUUAUUCACCUCGCGACCUUUCUCCAUCACAUCUUCGUUCUGUCUCCCGAAGGCCAAUACCUCCUCAAGCUCAUCGAGAACGUACACAACCUCAUCCCCUAUAAGAUGGUGAAGCAAACGUUGCGGGUUGGCAACGCCGCCACCAUGAUGAGCGCCAUGAUGCGCCUGCUUCUCGCCAAGCUGAGCGUCACUAGCAUCACUAACUGGGUCGGGCUAACAGCCAACGCCGAUGACGGCAUGAAUCUCCUCCAGAGGAUAAUAUCCCUGGUGCUGUCGUGGGAUUCCAGCGAGUUCCGAAAGAGCGCCGACAAAAUUGAAAAGGCCAAGGAUCGGCCCAGCGACGAAAUGCUGCAGGCUAUUCGCAACUACAUCGCCCAGGGUCGCGACGAGCACGAGACGGUGCGAGCCGCCAGUAUAGAGCAUUCUCAGUCCAUCAUCACAGCGAUCUUCAACGCAGCUGACCCUGAACUUACCACCGCUUUGACCGAGACGAAGCACGCCCAGUGUCUCGAGUACUACUCUGCUCUCCUCUCAGUACGCGAUCGCGAGAGCAUCACUACCGCCUUGUGUCGUCAACCACCUGAUCUUUUUACCGCGACCGUCAGGGACCUCUUCACCGCCUAUGAACCCAUCAUCCGGGCAGUGCACUCGGGGGUAGAUUUGCGGGAACAUGUCGAAGCGGGCCAGGCCUUCAUUGACGACUUUAUCAAAAGCAGCAAGCCGAAAAAGGUUGAGACGGGUACCUCAACACCAUUAGGAGGGAUGCGGUCCAUGAUAAAUGGCGAGUCAUCGGUCAAACCAGGCAAGAUGCCUAGUGUCAACGAUUAUGUCGACCUGUUGAUGAGGAAUCGUUCGGUCAUGUACAAGUGGGUUCAUGCCUUGGCAAAAUCCUGCCCCGAAGUGUGGGAGGAAAUGAGGAAAUGGGAAAGAGAUGCUGUUGUCAAGUUCCGUCAAGAAAGGAAGCCUCAAGAAAUUCCCAAGGUUGAAACGACGGAACCCGAAGUCGCAGACGCCAACAGGAAUGAGGAGGUUGAUGAGAAAACAACCGACACUAGUCCAAUGGAUGACCACCUCAACGAACUCUUCCAGUCCCUCCCCUCCAAAUCUCAGCAACCCAUCCUCUCCGCGCUCGAUGCCCACUCCGCCUACCUCUCUACUCUCUCAGACCUCUCUAUAUCCCGACUCCAACGCAUCAUCGACACAGCCGACUCCAACUCUGACAACAUGGCCGGUCCAGGUAUGUUCCUCUCACGAUGGCAGAGCAUCCUAGAAUGCACUCCCAUCACACCUGGUACGCCGCGGGGUUCUGUUAGGUGCGGCAAAGACGUGAAGCACGCGAUGACGAUGGGCAAGACGGGCGUGGCGGGCAUUGACAAGGCCAGGGAGGCAGCUCUCCGGUUGUCUGAGGAGGGCCCCGAGGCGCCGGAUGUAGACGUGGUGGUGAAAGAGAUGUCAGAAGGAUUCCGGAAGUUGCUACAGGAAUGUGGAGAGCAGUAA